AUGACAAUCAGAAGAACAGGAGCAAAAUAUAACUAUAAUUUGAUUUUAUAUUGGAAUACUAAGAUACAAGGCAAAUGCUUGGAAGAUAGUCCGAGUGUAUAUACUGAAGUAGUUAACAUUUUACAAAAUCUUGAUUUGCGAAUAAUUAAACCAGAAAUUCCUAUAACAUCAGGAAUAAUCGAUCUUAUAGAGAGCAAAGAUCCAUUUGCAAACCUAUUAUCUUUAGGGACAAAACAAAUUUUAACAAAACAUUCAUUUCAUAUAAUGAAUUUUCCAAUAAAAUUGGAGCAAUGUUAG